AUGUCUUUUGCCAUCGUGCUCGAAGCCAUCACCCUAAUCACGUACAUCGUUAUCCUGGCCGGCGGGAAGCAGAUGCGGGAGACGGGAUGGAAGGUGCUGACCGUCUUCCUGGUGUUUAUUUCCUUGGUGCAGUGUGGCGGGAUGGCGCUGGUGUCGUAUCUCUUCGACAAUGAUGAGCGGUUCUAUCCCGGCUGGAAGCUGGAUAGCUCGUGGAUUAUGUUUCGCGGCGUCUCUGUGAUUACCAUCACGGUUGGAGAAUCGGAAGCCCAAUUCCAAACCCACAAAGAUCUACUAUGCCAGAAGUCACCCUUUUUUAACGGUGCCUUGAUGCGGGAUUUUAAAGAGGCCGGUGAAAAUGCCAUAUCGUUGCCGGAAGACGACCCAGACACAUUUGAGAGAUUCUUACAAUGGUUGUAUUCUGGCAUUUACGAGUUGUCUGGGCUCAAGACAGAUGAAGAAGUGGAUGAACGGUAUUUCCAACUUGCGCAGCUUUAUACGUUGGCCGACAAGUUGGAGGUUCCGCGCUUGAAGCACGAUAUCAUCAACGAGCUUUUCAUGAUGAAGACAGACCCAGAUAAACCGCCGCAGGUCGACGUUAUCGCCUACAUUUACGAAAACACAAGGGAGAGAUCUCCGCUGCGAAAACUGAUGGUUGCCUGGCUGGUGUGGCACAUCGAUUUCCAGUGGUAUACAACCCCCAGUGCCACGACUUUUUUACAUCACUGCCCGGAAUUUGCGGCAGAUCUGGCCGUGGCGUUGGCUCGGCGAUGGGUCGACUUCAAAGGACUAAGCCCAUUCAAUGAAUCGCCCGAAAAGUUCUACGAGGAGUCUGCCAUCUUUUCGCCAAUGCAGAGUCCCGUAGUGGACAAUUUGAAGCCUGUGCGGCUCGUCACACAAAAACAGCCUCUGGUAUCUGCAAACUCCAUCAAUAGUAGUGUCACUGCGCCAGCCCACUCCAGAGUUCGGCCGCUGGGCGUUCCGACAUUCGGACCGGUAUUUGGUGCACCUUCGAGUUCGCGGUGCUCAGAACCCUUGCGAAGUCCCGGGCUAUUCUCAAACGCAGACUCCGAUACGACUCAAACACCAACUAUGUUUGGUUUUGGGUCGCCAUUAGGCUCGACUAGCAAUACAGGGUUAUAG